AGCUCUAGCUUUCACUUUUCACUUAACUUAAACUUCAGCAGUUCAGUCAUAAAAUGUAUUUUAAAUUGCUUUGAGCAAUUGAUUACAAUUAUUGAAAGAUAGUUAUCAGGUAAAUCUUGCAUCCUUGACAUUAAUAAUGAAGUCUUUUUAUUUUCUUGGUCAGGUACUGGUAGUUAACUCUCAAGGAGAAAUUUCACGGCUAAGCACCAAAAAGGAAGUGGUCAUGAAAGGAAAUAUCAACAAUUAUUUUAAGCUGGGUCAAGAAGGGAAGUAUCGAGUCUAUCACAAUCAGUACUCCACCAAUUCGUUUGCUUUGAAUAAGCACCAGCACCGGGAAGACCAUGAUAAGAGAAGGCAUCUUGCGCAUAAGUUCUGCCUGACUCCAGCAGGAGAGUUCAGAUGGAACGGCUCUGUCCACGGUUCCAAAGUUCUCACCAUAUCUACUCUGAGACUGACCAUCACCCAGCUGGAAAGCAACAUCCCUUCUUCCUUCCUUCAUCCCAAUUGGGCUUCACAUAGGGCAAAUUGGAUCAAGGCUGUUCAGAUGUGUAGCAAACCAAGAGAAUUUGCAUUGGCUUUAGCUAUCUUGGAGUGUGCAGUCAAACCAGUUGUGAUGCUGCCAAUAUGGCGAGAGUCUUUAGGACAUACCAGGUUACAUAGGAUGACGUCAAUUGAAAGAGAAGAAAAGGAGAAAGUUAAAAAAAAGGAGAAAAAACAAGAAGAGGAAGAAACAAUGCAGCAAGCCACGUGGGUAAAAUACACAUUUCCAGUUAAGCAUCAGGUUUGGAAACAAAAAGGAGAGGAGUACAGAGUAACAGGAUAUGGUGGCUGGAGCUGGAUUAGUAAAACUCAUGUUUAUAGGUUUGUUCCUAAAUUACCAGGCAAUACUAAUGUGAAUUACAGAAAAUCAUUAGAAGGAUCCAAAAACAUUACAGAUGAAAAUAUGGAUGAAUCAGAUAAACGAAAAAGUCCACAAAGUCCAAAAAAAAUAAAAGCAGAGUCUGAGUCUGAAAAAGGCGAGGUAAAAGAUUCAGAUGCUGCAAAGGGAGCAGACCAAAGUGAAAUGGCUAUCUCAAAGAUGACUGAGAAGAAGGACCGAGAUGUAAAAGAGCUGUUAGAUUCUGACGAUAAAUCCUUCAAGGAGGAACCAAUGGAGAUAGAUGAUGACGGUGUGAAAACGGAGUCACAUGUAAAUUGUCAGGAAAGUUCUCAAGUAGAUGUGGUCAAUGUCAGUGAGGGUUUUCAUCUAAGGACUAGUUACAAAAAGAAAACAAAAUCUUCCAAACUAGAUGGGCUUCUUGAAAGGAGAAUUAAACAGUUUACACUGGAAGAAAAACAGCGCCUUGAAAAAAUGAAGUUGGAGGGUGGAAUUAAGGGUACAGGAAAGUCUUCUACAAGUUCCUUGAAAAGUCUCUCAGAGUCACCAGUAUCAACAAAAGCAAAAGAAGAAUGUCAAAGUGACUUGCUUAAAGAACAGAACCCCAGUGCAAAUAAUGAUAAAUGUGAGGACACACUUCAGGAAUGCUCACAAAAUAAUAAUUCCUCAGAACUUGCAGUUAGUGAUUCUAGUUUUGCCACAAGCAAGCUUUAUCCAAAAGAUCAAAUGGUAGAUGAUGUCUCUGUUCAGAGUCCAGGGACAAAUGAUCAGAAACAAAAUUCUGUUGAAAAUGACAUGGAUGCGAGUCUCUCUGAAACUGCCAGUAAAGGCCAGGAACUCGGUAAGACUAAAACAAAAGGAAGAGAGUUUUUCAUUGAUGUCUCUAAACCAGCCAAUACUGAUAAUUUUGGUCCUUUGAUGUAUAAGAACAAAAAACCACUCAGACAGGAGGAUAAUGACAUUAUUUCUUCCAAAAAUGCUUUACUUACGUCAGUACCUAAAAGUACCAACAACAGAAAUGUCCCAUCUCUCUCAAAAGCAGUGGAUUUUGAUGGAAAACUAGGAUGUGAUUCUGAAUGUAAUAGCACUUUGGAAAAUAGUUCAGAUACUAUGUCUAUUCAGGAUAGUAGUGAAGAAGAUAUGAUGGUUCAGAAUAGCAAUGAAAAUAUUUCUGAACAGUUCAUAACUCCAGAACAAGGUAUUGAAAAUUUGGAGCCUAUGAAAUGUGAGCUCAUUUCUAAAUCCACUGGAAACUGUGACGACCAGCUACAGGGUUGGGUAACUGAAACAAAUGGUAAAAAACCAUGUCAACAGCCCAAAUUAGAGGAAAAAACAGUCAAUAAAUGUAUUGAUCAAAUAAGCCUGAAAAAUGUCAAUGACAAAAGGAACAAUGAAAAUCGAGAGUCUGAAAAGAAAGGACAGAGAAGUACGUUUCAGGUAAAUGGAAAAGAUAAUAAAACUAAAAUAUAUUUGAAAAGUGAAUGCUUGAAGGAAAUCUCUGAAAGUAAAGUAGCAGUAAGUGGUAAUGUUGAACCCAGAGUUAAUAAUAUAAAUAAAAUAACACCUGAAAAUAUUAAGUCAUUGACUGUUAAAGAAUCUGCUGUAAAGCCAUUUGUGAAUGGUGAUGUUAUCAUGGAAGAUUUUAGUGAAAAAAGCAAUUCAGAAACAAAUUCAUGUUUAUUGAGUUCUGCAGAUGCUGAAGGUAAUUACCAAGAUGGCCUCAGGACCCUGCCCUCAACCAAAGAGUCUGACCGUACAGAGAUGACCACAUCUCUGUCCUCUUGUCCGGAAAGCAGUUCAUUUAAUCAGGUAGAAGAUAUGGAAAUCGAAACCCCAGAAGUUAAGAAAGUUACCCCAUCACCUGUUACUUCUGGAGAGGAUUCUAACCUUAGUAAUGAUUUUACUGAUGAAAAUGGUCUAACCACCAACAAAGCUGAAAACAUCAAUGGGGAGUCCAAAAGAAAAACAGUCAUCACAGAAGUCACCACAAUGACAUCCACGGUUGCCACAGAAUCAAAAACUGUGAUCAAGGUAGCGAAAGGCGAUAAGCACACUGUGGUCUCUUCCACAGAAAAUUGUGCCAAAUCCACUGUCACGACCACCACUACAACAGUCACAAAGCUCUCCACACCCUCCACAGGCAGCAGUGUGGACAUCAUCUCUGUCAAGGAGCAGAGCAAAACCGUGGUCACCACCACAGUGACAGACUCUCUGACCACUGCAGGAGGCACACUGGUCACAUCUAUGACUGUGAGCAAAGAGUAUUCCACGAGAGACAAAGUGAAACUGAUGAAGUUUUCAAGACCGAAGAAGACUCGUUCAGGUACAGCACUGCCGUCCUAUAGGAAGUUCGUUACCAAGAGCAGCAAGAAAAGCAUAUUUGUCUUGCCCAACGAUGACUUGAAGAAGUUGGCCAGAAAAGGAGGAAUUCGAGAAGUCCCUUAUUUUAAUUAUAAUGCAAAACCUGCCUUGGAUAUAUGGCCAUAUCCUUCUCCUAGACCAACAUUUGGUAUCACGUGGAGGUAUGUACUUUGAAAUGUAUUUUGGGGAAGGAGAAAGUUUUAAAAGAAUUAUCUCAUAUUUCACGAAAAAAUGGGAUAAUAGAGGUAAAACAGGAAAGCAUAUAUUUAAUGGCCAAAGUUAGUAAAGGAAAUAAGAUGCAGGAAGUUUCCAGCAUGGUCAGCUGAUAGGUACUGAAGUUUAUUUAGAAAAGAUGGUUUAAGAACUUACACGGUAAGGAAAUCCUUUAAAGUGAAUUCAAUUUUAACUUUGACAAGACUGAAGGAACAUGUCAAACCUACUUUUUUGUGGUAUAACUUUACAAGUUAUUGUCAUUUCUAUUUGUUCAGGGAACAAGAUAGGCACAGAAUUGAAUUAUCACCAACUUUCUGGAAUGUUUGUAUGUUAUUUCAGGUGACAUAAAAAUGUGAGACAUAAGGAAGCAUGCCUGUAAAUUUCAUGAAGCUCACCAUGGGGAGAUCUAGUGUAAUCUAUUUGCAUGAUAAUCAUGUGCUUUGGAGUUCUCUGUUACUUAUGUGAUAAAGGUAGAUGCUACGAUUCCUUGGGAACUUUUUAAAACCCAGAAACAGUUCUAAUUUAAAAUUUUCUGGGCACUGCAGGUUUGGGGACAAAUCAUUAGGAAUAUAGUAUUGACAGGUGUAAAAUUGUGUAGUUUUAUGUUGGGAAGGGAUCUUAGAAAUUCUUUUACAGGUGGGUAGUAAUUUGCCUCAGCUACAAAGGGAAAAGUUAGGAAUAGCACCUGGUUUUCCCAAAUCCCAGUGUAAUACUUGAUCUGCCGUGUUACAUUUCACAUGUUUGUCCUUGCUUUUCCCUUUUCAUGUCUUUGUUUCUAUCUUUUCACCCAUGUAAUUGAGAAGGAUGGAACGUAAACAUGAGAGCGUAGUUUGGAGAACAUGCCUAGAAAGUGGGCUCAAUCUUAGUUGCAGUUAGGUUUUGCUAAUUCCUGAAACUAUUUCAACAAGCUACUGAGCAGACCUCAUUUUU